AUGAGCGCAGGUGUGAAGAAGCCGCCAGUGGCUCCCAAACCCAAACUCGCCCCCUUGGUGAAGCUCUUGCCUCCUCCCAUCGCCCCCAAACCCGAUCUUCUCUCCCAGCCUUCCCAAUCCUCCCCCCUUCUUACCCAACCCUCCCCUGCCGUGCUAAAGAGAGCCAAACCUGUUGUGGCGCCCAAACCAUGCCUCUCCAAACCCUCCGCCCCAACAGCCCCGGCUUCUCCCCCACCACCCAGACUCAGAGUACCCCAAACCCCUUCCCAGGAGUGCCAGGGGGCUGGGGACCACAGCCUCUCCUUCCUCAACUCCAGAAACGGGAUCCUGUCGCAGCCCAUCCUGCGCGACUCGGACUACAUCAUUCCUACGUGCUCCUGCGGACUCCAGGACUGCUCCCAAUGCAAACAACUAGGGAAUGGGAAUGUUACAGAGGUCGGGAGUGAUACGCUCGGCUCCUGGCAAAACGGGAAUACCACGGAAAGCACUGGAACGCUGGUAGCCAAUCGGCCGUGUAAAACAGAGAACGGAGACAGUGAGAAGAGCGGAGGAGUGACCAACACCUUCCAUCUCAGACUCAAGGACAAACCUCAGAGACAGGAGGGGCAGAGGGAUGGAGAGGGGAGCAGGGAUGAGGAGAAGCUGCAGGGGAACAAAGAGGAGAGACAGAGGAACCAGAAAGGACAGGAGGGUCAGCAGUAUCAGACUGGACUGUUCCAUCCACCCGCAGCCCCCACAAGUUUUACCCCCACCCAGAUGGACAGUGAGCCUGACAGCACCCCCUCCCACGCAAAAAGCAGUACACAGUGUUCCAGAAUACCCAGGUUACCCACUGACCUCUCAGUCCCUGCUGCCCCCAGUAAGCCCCUGCCCGUGCCGCUGCCACGCAAGCCCCGUAAGCUAGCCCUGGUAAGGCAGGACGGCCUGGAGGCCAGCACCCAGGAGGGAGAGACAAAGAACCGCUCACAGGGGGGAGAGGUGGGGGAGACUGAGGGGAGUGGGGGGAGAUGUCUCACCUCAGAGAAGGAAGAACACACCCAGGGAGUGUAUGACAGUCCCUCACCCUCCCAGGACCCUGAAGUUGAAGAGGAGCCUCACCCUGUGCCUCCACCUAGACAGAAGUCCCUCUCCCCCCGCCUCCACAGAGCCAUCCACUGUCCCCUCAACCGAAACACCUCCCACUCUCUGGACUUGCUCUCUCAGCCUGAGCUUAACACACUAACCUCAGAGAGAAGAGGAGGAGUGGAUGAAGAGGAAGAGAAGGAAGAGGAAGUUGAGGACGGGUACGGAGACUUUGAGCGCUACCCCAUCACCCGGAGCCUGCCCAAACAGAUCAAGCUCAGCUGCCGCCCGCCCCCCGUCAGCAUGACAAUGAAGGCCAGCUCGGCGGAAGAGGGGGGGUCACCCAGGGCCCCACCCAGGAAGCCCCAGAGACACAGCCUGCCAGCGGGUGCCCGUCCAUCACCCCCUCCACCCCCUCCGCACCACGCCAACACCCCCAUGAGGGAGCUGCCUGCCACCCCACAGGAGAAACCAGCUUGGCGCUUCCCAAGGCCCUUCUUCAGCAGGCAGAGCUCCUCCAGACACAGCAGCGGCGGCAGCAGCCGAGGGCCUCCCCAGGGGAAAGCAGCUCUGCUGGGGGGAAAACAGAGAGCACAGUCCUUCUCCUCGGCUGACCUGCUGGCCCGCGCCGGCGGCACCAAGAGGAGCCUUUCCUUCCGGAAGCUUCUGGAGCUGCGGUUGUCUGUCAGGAUGUUGCCACGGUUACUGGCCAGAAGCGGCCAGUCUCUGGAUUGUACCAGCGUGGAGCCGGGCGGGGGGACGGUGGACCAGUCCGACGGCAACGUGGGGGUGUCUGGCAGGGAUGGAGAGGGGUCGGUAGAGUAUGAGAACGUUCCUCUGUAUGAGGAGAUACCGGAGUACAUGAACCUGCCUUUCCUCAGCGCACGGCUGGGCUGGCCACUCACACAUAGUCUGGACCCAAGCACACACAGACACAGUGACUCAGACGUCUAUGAGGUGCAGGAUCCAUACGAGAGCCACUGCGACUAUAAGCGACCCCAUUCCAUUGACUAUGAGAGAGGCUGGCAUGGAUUGGACGAUGCUCACUCUGAGGAGGAAGUCCACAGCUCUGACGAGGAUGACAACAGCUCCACCUCCAGCAAGGAGCACCUGGAGCUGUCAGAAGAAGACAGACAGCAGGAGGAUGAGGUGAAGAGGAAAAAGGUGGUGCAUAUCGCCCAGGAGAUCAUGAGCUCUGAGAAAGUGUUUGUGGACGUCCUGAAGCUUCUUCACAUAGAUUUCCGGGACGCAGUUGCCAAGGCGACGCGUCAGAAUGGUAAGCCGGUGGUUGAAGAGCGUAUUCUAACCCAGAUCCUCUACUACCUGCCUCAACUAUACCAGCUCAACCGAGACCUGCUCCGGGAGCUAGAGGAGAGAGUGGCCCACUGGGGGGACCACCAGAGGCUGGCAGACAUCUUUGUUCAGAAGGGGCCGUACCUGAAGAUGUACUCCACCUACAUCCGGCAGUUUGACAACAACGUGGCUAUGCUGGAUGAACAGUGUAGGAAAAACCCUGGCUUCGCCGCUGUGGUCCGGGAGUUUGAGAUGAGUCCUAGAUGUGCCAGCCUGGCUCUGAAGCACUACCUGCUGAAACCUGUACAGAGAAUCCCCCAGUAUCAGCUUCUGCUCACAGAUUAUCUGAAGAACCUUCCUGAGGACUCGUCUGACUACAAAGACACGCAGGCUGCUCUGGGCAUAGUGAAGGAGGUGGCCAACCAUGCCAACGACAUCAUGAAACAAGGGGAUAACUUUCAGAAGCUGAUGCACAUUCAGUACAGUCUGAACGGACAGCAUGAGAUUGUUCAGCCAGGCAGGGUGUUUCUUAAGGAGGGCACUCUGAUGAAGCUGUCCAGGAAGGUCAUGCAGCCACGGAUGUUCUUCCUGUUCAAUGACACUCUUCUGUACACAACUCCAGUUCAGUCUGGUCAGUAUAAACUCAACAGCAUGCUCUCUCUGGCGGGCAUGAAGGUGAGUAAGCCCAGUCAGGAGGCGUAUCAGAAUGAACUGAACAUUGAGAGUGUGGAGCGUUCCUUCAUCCUGUCUGCCAGCUCGGCCACAGAGAGAGAUGAGUGGCUGGCGGCCAUCGCCACGGCGAUAGACGACCACACCAGGAAGAAGAUCACCUUCAUCUCCAGCCGGAGUCAGGAGGAGGCUGAUGGCGUGUGUGACAGUGGGGCCCCACUGGGUUCUAAGGCCCCUAUCUGGAUCCCAGACCUGAGGGCCACCAUGUGUAUGGUCUGUACCUGUGAGUUCACCCUCACCUGGAGACGCCACCACUGCCGAGCCUGCGGGAAGGUGGUGUGUCAGACGUGCUCGUCCAGUAAGUUCUAUCUAGAGUACUUGAAGAACCAGCCGGCUCGUGUGUGUGACCACUGCUUCGUCAAGCUACAGGAGAACAGUGACCGUGUUGCUUCUGGGGCACUGUCUCCUACUGGCAGAUCUGGGGGAUUCUCUUUCUCCAGGAAACAGAAGAAGAUCCCAGCUGCUCUCAAAGAGGUGUCUGCAAACACAGAGAACUCCUCCAUGAGUGGCUACCUACAGAGGUCAAAGGGCAACAAGAAGCAAUGGAAGAGGCUAUGGUUCGUCAUCAAGAACAAAGUCCUGUACACCUACGCCGCCAGCGAGGACGUAGCUGCUCUAGAGAGCCAGCCUCUGCUAGGCUUCUUCCUGCGGGAGGAGAAGUGUGGCCCUUUCCAGAAGCUGCAGUUUAAACUGUACCACAAAAACACCCUGUUCUAUAUCUUCAAGGCUGACGACAUCCCCACUGCACAGAGGUGGAUAGAGGCUUUCCAGGAGGCCAUGAUUCUUUAACACCUAAACCAGUCAGCUCAUGUCCUUCCCCUGGAGCCAGUUGAAGGACACCUUUUGAUCCUUGUCCUCUAGACACGUCAGGGGUCAGCAGCUCAGGAAGCACUCCCCACACCCCGAGCCCUGAUGAACCGGUCUGGCUGCUCACCAGGAGACCCCAGAGUACCAGUGGUGUGAAGAGCAGACAUCAUUGUCUUUCUGGUGGAAAUAUGGACUUUGUGUCAGCUCUAUAUUACAUUCAUUGUAAAUGUUGGGAUCCGUUGAAAAUGUGCCCUUGGUCAAACCACCAUGCUUCCAGUGGAGCUUUGAGGUUAUGGGUGUGUUGAGCCUCAUAGGCUGCAUAUCUAUCUGUUCUGGAUCUUAGAUGGAAUUGUUAUGUGUCACAGCUGUGGGUCAAAGGUCAUGUCCUGAAGCGUGUGUGUGUGGAAGUGUUAACAGAAUUGUUGUCUGUGGACAGCCUGCUACCUUAUACAGGGGUUCCCACGGUCCACAAAAAGCCUUGAAAGUCAUUGAAAAUGAUUUGAUGUAAAUUGCUAUUGAUUUACAUUAUCCCUGAAAAGUUAAAGGAUUUUGUUAUUUUCUUUGGGAAAUGUAACAUAUUGUAAGAAAAGUAUCAACUCAAAUAUUGAUGAAUUAUGGAAAUUGGAAUGGUGAUUAGAGUGGGAACCUUGCAUGAUGGGAUGGAUACCAGAAACAAAGAAGGGUGAGACGCAGUGCGUUCUCUGAGUAGGGAAGCUUCUCUAGUGCACUGCAGGUGGUUGGAUUCAACUGUGAAAAAACAGGGUGCCACAGAGACACAGGAGAUGAGCAUUUUGCUCCUUAGAAAUAUAGCAAAAUUACAGGGGUCGGUUUAUAUUGUUAUUCUCUGUUAGGCUUAACUCAGUACAUCUACCACAUGUAUAAUGCAGUAUACUGGAUAAAACUGGAAAUGGCAUAAGUGUCAAUAUUUUACUACACAACCUAUAGAACAAAUGCAUUUUUAAAGCGUAUUUGUUAGACUCAGAAGCGGUGGUUGGGUAAUAUGUAGAAUUGGGAGAGUAAAAUGUACUUUUUUUGUGUGUAAAAGUCGAGAACUAAUAUUUAUAUAGAACUGUACAUUUCUCAAUGUCCAUAAUUAUGUGAUUUUAGAAAUACGAUUUAUUUGAUAACGGAUACUAUCUUUGUCACUUUUGUAAUAAGUAGUAGCUACCUUUUGUAUUGUAUGCCAUGAUGGUUGUAAAAGCACGUGUUGUAACAAUGCCUCACUAGUUUGUUUUAAACUGCCACAACAGACUUGUUGGAUUCAUUAGGAGGAAUCUUUUAAUCCAGGCCUCAUUUGUAUAAUUUUUUUAUUGAAUAAUUUAAAGUGAACAGAUUACAAAAUAAUGUUUGUCUUUUGAGGUAGAAAUGGAAUGGAGAAUGAAAUGUAUCCCUUAGGAAUUGCUCACUAGCAAUAAAGCAACAUCCAGACAGUGCCUUAAAUAUGCACAAUUAUCUUGUAAUGAUAUAGAUACAGAAAACUGUAUUUAAUUAUCUGGUGCAUUGUUUAAUUAAUUAUUCAUUUGAAUUAGGAUAUUCUAUUAUCACAGUGACUACUUUGGCCCGCACAUCUGACAUUAAACAGUGUAAAUAUCCA